AUGGCGACAGUGGUUAAAGUUCAAUGCGACGACGGUGAGAUUUAUCGCCUGACGCUUCAAGCCGAGCCGAGCUUCGAGUCCGUGGUGCAGGUGGUCGCGAGCUGCCGUCCUGAGUUGACAGCCGCGAUGCUGUGUGAAGGAGGCAGUUGUGCUCUGAAAUACGCCGACGAGGAAGGAGAUCUGUGCACUCUUGCACCAUCUACAUUCGUGGACUUUCUUGAGCAGCAGCGAGGAUCGAACAGUCGCUUGCUGAAGUUGAAGCUGUUCCUACCCAAGCAGCCAGUUUGCGAAAAAGAUGCUUCAAGAGAGCAGGAACUUGAAAGACCAGAGAGGAAAGCCCCUCUCGAAAGGCAAGGCGACCGGUCGUCUAUCGUCGAUCCUCCGAUCCAAGGCCCACCGCCUGGGCUUGAGAAGGAGGAGACCGGCGAUUGUUUUGGCGGGUGCACUGGUGGUCCCGGAGCCUGGGGCCCCGGUGGUAAUGGUGGAGGGCCUCGCCGUCUUCUGGCUGCGCUGCGCAUGUUGCAGGAGACGGGGAUGCUCACUCCCGCCAUGUUCGCGUCACUGGCUGUGCAAUGGCUUCCGCUUUUGACACAGCGAGUUGCACGCAAGGUUGACAAGAUCAACCAUGUAGCUCGCGAUGGUCUCAACGAGACGUGGAAAAAACUUUUGGAAAGAAUCCAGGAACUGGCAGCAGAAACUCCGGGAUUGGAAUCCUUUGCUUCUCCGAUCUCGGAGGCGCUUCGAGGCGGAAACGGGCAAAGGCGGCUGGGUGAAGCCAUCCUCGAGCUUUUGAAAGCACUGCGAGGGCUCAGUUUCGAGGUUCAAGCGAGCUUCUGUGAGCAAGUUUCUGCCAGCCUGCUACCUUUCCUGGAGGAUCUCACCCGAUCUUGGACUGGCGAUGAAUGUGCGCCAAGCGGAAAUCUGACUCCGUGGCAGCACCAUUUCGGCAUCAAGUGUCAGGGCUGCGGUGUUAAUCCCAUUGUGGGCCCACGCUUCAAGUGCCCUGUCUGUCCCAGCUACGACCUUUGUGGCAAUUGCUACCCGACAAAGCUCCAACUGCACGGCAAUUGCCCUGGCUGCCGCAAGGACUUCCAGUGCUUUAUCUUCCCAGGCAAAGAUUCAAAGAGCAAAGGAAGCAAGGGUGUGGGAGAAAAGCCAGAGAAGGCGUCCUGUGAGCAGCGCUCUGAGUGGAAGGGCUGCCAGGGCUGGGCUGGCAAAGGUGCGGGUCCGCUAGGUCUAGUGGCCUCGAUGGCUGCUGGACUGGGACAUGGAAUCGGGGCGGCUGGUGGCUUUCCAUUUCCUCCUCUUGGCAAUGCUUGCGGAUUUCCUUUUCCUGGCAAUGACUUUUGCCGAAUGGACGAGGGGCAGCAGGACCUGCCUUGGAUGGACCACGUGCCCUGGGGUAAGGGCAAAGGGAAGAAGGGCUGGAGAAAGUCCAAAGGAUGGAGCCAAGAGGAGCACAGAACCGAAGAGCUCAGUGCCGAGGACGAGUUCGAGAAAAAGCUCGCCUCCUUGCGCGAGUUGCGGCUCGGAAGUGACGAGGUGCUCCGGGAAGUCCUAAUUGCUUGUGACGGAGACUUCUCUUCCAGCUCCAUAGUCGCAGCCAUGGAUGGGACGGACAAAGACUUGGGAUGGGAGGACGUUGGCGCCCGUGGAGGGGCACCGGGCGGAAGCAUGGCCGGUCGCUCCGGCUUGCCUGGAAAGGUGGAGGCGCCAAACAUCUCUGAUGCAGUCACCAGUGCCAUGAUGAACCAAUUUGCACGGGAAUUGACAUCCAGUUCGCUUAGUCUUUGGCCACAGUUCGUCCAGAUAGCCCGGCGAUACUUCAAUGUGCAUCAUGGAUAUGUACUUCGAAAACUGCUCUGGCAGUUGAUGCCGUUCCACAGGUUCAGCAGUAUUCGGCAUGAUUCAGCAUGGAUUAGAGGCUGGACAAGGAGGUGGACCAAUCUUCUGGCACAAGCACUUACCCUGUAG